AUGCUCACAGUCCAUCAGCAGCCAUGCUCACAGUCCAUCAGCAGCGUGUGCGGUUGGCAGUCUCUCCACACCCUGGGCGGCAUUUCAUGUCUUCUGUUUUCUGGGGCCACCAAGCAGUUUCUUGAAGAGGUCAACAAGUGGACAGUUCAGUACAACGUGUCCCCACUCUCUUGGAACGUGGCUGUCAAGUUCCUCAUGGCCAGGAAGUUCGAUGUGCCCCGUGCCAUAGAGCUGUUCCACUCCUACAGGGAAACGCGAAGGAAGGAAGGCAUCGUGAAGCUGAAACCCCACGAGGAGCCCCUCCGCUCCGAGAUCCUCAGUGGGAAGUUCACCGUCUUGAAUGAUCGGGACCCCAUGGGAGCCUCCAUUGCCCUCUUCACUGCCAGGCUGCACCACCCCCACAAGUCGGUCCAACACGUGGUGCUGCAGGCUCUGUUCUACUUGCUGGACAGAGCUGUGGAUAGCUUUGAAACGCAGAGGAACGGACUGGUGUUUAUCUACGACAUGGCUGGUUCUAAUUAUGCCAACUUUGAGCUGGAUCUCGGCAAGAAAGUCUUAAACCUGCUGAAGGGAGCAUUCCCGGCACGUCUGAAGAAGGUGCUGAUCGUGGGAGCACCCAUUUGGUUCCGAGUGCCCUAUUCGAUCAUCAGCCUCUUGCUGAAGGAUAAAGUCCGGGAGAGGAUUCAGAUGUUGAAGACAUCUGAGGUCACCCAGCACCUCCCUAGGGAGUGCCUUCCUGAAAACCUGGGGGGCUACGUCAAAGUUGACCUCGCCAGUUGGAAUUUCCAGUUCCUGCCCCAGGUGAACGGCCACCCGGAUCCCUUCGAUGAGAUCAUCCUGUUCUCCCUCCCACCUGCCUUCGACUGGGACUCGGUGCAUGUUCCAGGUCCCCACGCCAUGACCAUCCACGAGUUGGUGGACUACGUGAAUGCCAGGCAGAAGCGGGGCAUCUAUGAAGAGUAUGAGGACAUCCGCCGCGAGAACCCUGUUGGCACUUUCCACUGUUCCAUGUCCCCCGGAAACCUCGAGAAGAAUCGGUAUGGCGACGUGCCCUGCCUGGACCACACUCGGGUGAAGCUGACCAAACGAAGCGGCCACCCUCAGACAGAUUACAUCAAUGCCAGUUUCAUGGAUGGCUACAAGCGGAAGAAUGCUUACAUUGGUACACAAGGCCCUUUGGAGAACACCUACCGUGAUUUCUGGCUUAUGGUGUGGGAGCAAAAAGUCCUGGUGAUUGUCAUGACCACCCGCUUUGAGGAGGGCGGCAGGAAGAAGUGUGGGCAGUACUGGCCACUAGAAAAAGACUCUCGGAUCCAGUUCGGUGGCUUCCUCACAGUGACCAACCUAGGAGUGGAGAACAUGAAUCACUAUAAGAAAACCAUCCUGGAAAUUCACAACGCAGAGGACCGGCAGAAACGCCAGGUGACCCACUUCCAGUUCCUGAGCUGGCCAGAUUACGGCGUCCCCUCUUCGGCAGCUUCCCUCAUUGACUUCUUGCGAGUGGUCAGGAACCAGCAGAGGCUGGCCAUCAGCAGCCUGGGGGCACGCUCCAAAGGGCACUCCCCCGAGCCCCCCAUCGUGGUCCACUGCAGCGCGGGCAUUGGCAGGACAGGUACCUUCUGCUCCCUGGACAUCUGCUUGGCACAGCUGGAGGAGCUGGGCACCCUGAAUGUGUUCCAGACUGUGUCCCGCAUGCGGACCCAGAGGGCGUUCAGCAUCCAGACCCCCGAGCAGUACUAUUUUUGCUACAAGGCCAUCCUGGAGUUCGCUGAGUGGGAGGGCAUGGUGCCUUCCAGCCACAACCUCCUGGCCUUGGGGGGUCAGUAACCUCCCCACCUGCUGGCCAGCCCUCCGUAAACUCCCCUGGACACUGCGGAGCCGGCAGGUUGCCAUCAGUUAUGCUGACACCAUGGACCAACCUCUCUCUCUCUCUUUCUCGUGUCUCCCAGCACACGACCUGUACACAAGGCCCCCUUUCCCUCUGGCUCGAUAGACGUGGGGACAUUGCCCCCAGGAAGGGCCAGCAGCAAUGUGUUCUUCACUCCCAGCACCUGCUCUCGAACUGUGCCUUAUUCAAACCAAAAUGUGGCUGUCUAUUUUGCCAGGGGCCCCCAGGUCACUGGGGAAGGAACCUCCCCGGCCCCACCCCAAUGCCUUUCUCCUUCCCUUUUGCUCACAUUUGAUGAGGAGGUUCAAUGAGAUGCCUCCCUCCCCCCAGGAGAGCUUGACCAAGUUACCUAUUCUACAGGACAUCCCGAGUGCCAAGCACGUUUAUACCUAGGGCGUGCCCCAGGUUUUGCUGUCAUUCUGUGAGUGUGUGUGUGUGUGUGUGUGUAUGUACUUAGUGUAUGGGUCCAUAUGUAUGUGUGUGUAUAUACUAUAUAUUGUAUGUGAUACUAUGGUCGUAUUCUAUAAAUACAUAUACACACAGAGUCCUUUGUAGACGUUCGUGGGGCUUCGUGGUGCAGUGUAGACCUGCUUGCUUCUUAGCCCCCACUGUUUCUCCUGGAGUAGCUGGGGCUGGGGGUGGGGGUCCUGGCUGCUGUUGAUGGAAGAGUGGUGAAGGAGGACACAUGGACAUCCCUCUUCAGGCUCCUGCCCCAGGCCUCUGUCCUUAAAUAGUGACUUCUCUCCCUCUGACGUUCCUGGGUGGCACGCACAGAGUUAACGGGCUUAGCUAACCGAAAGGUCGGAGGUUCAAG